UAGUCCACAAGGUUUAAAUUUAGGUCAAAAUGUGUUGUGUGCAGAGGAUGCUACUGUUAGAUUCAGGGCUACGACUGCCAUCUUGUGGGUGAAAUGGUGCAAUUGCAAUGUGGAUCAGACAGCAGGUCCUUGAAAAAAACUCAAUCAUGUGGUACGAUCCCUGUUGAGGAAGUGGGGAACAUUUGAUGCACAAGCACACAAAGAAUUUAUUUGCGUACACCUCCUCUGAUGUGUGCUACUUGAAGUGUGUGUGUGUGUGUGUGUGUGUGUGUGUGUGUGUGUGUGUGUGUGUGUGGUGUGACAAGAAGAUGAAGAGAAGCAGCCUGAAGGGGGAAUGAAAGCAAAUAAGGAGGGAGGGGAGAGAAGAGAGAGCGACACAGACACACGAGCGAAGCUGUUCUGUGAAAGCAGGAGGAGCAGGAAGGCAGGAUGAGGAGAGGAGUAGCGGAGGAGGUGCAGGAGACCACCAUGAGAUCUGGGGUGUGAAGGCGGUAACAAUUAGCAGGAGAGAUGCUGCUCACGCUGCUUUUCUACCUUCGAGUCAAAGAAUCGAUCUAUCGCCGCGGGGCCAGAAGAUGGAGGAAACUCUACCGAGUCAACGGACACCUCUUUCAGGCCAAGCGCUUUAACAGGAAAGCCUACUGUGGCCACUGUAGUGAAAGGAUAUGGGGGCUGGGCAGGCAGGGCUACAAGUGUAUCAACUGCAAACUGUUGGUCCAUAAGCGCUGUCACCGACUCAUCCCUCAGACCUGCCAAAGGCUUAUGGAUCCAGCCAUGCCAUCACAGGAGCCCCCUUCAGAUGCCAAGAGUGAAGAAGUUGACCUUCCACCAGAUGACACAGAGGACACAGAUGGAAUAUCUUUUUUACCACACAACUGUACAGUGGAUAAAACAGAAGAUGCAGAUAACGAGGACAUCAAAGCAGUAGUGGAUGGCAUCGAUGGCAUUAAGCUCUCCCCGGGCCUGGCUCUCGGGCUGGGUGACUUCGACCUGAUCCGAGUGAUCGGCCGUGGAAGCUACGCCAAAGUCCUGCUGGUUCGGCUAAAGAAAAACAAGCAGGUGUACGCCAUGAAGGUGGUGAAGAAGGAGCUGGUCCACGAUGAUGAGGAUAUUGACUGGGUACAGACAGAGAAGCACGUGUUUGAGCAGGCGUCCACCAAUCCAUUCUUAGUAGGCCUCCACUCCUGUUUCCAGACAGAAAGUCGGUUAUUUCUAGUGAUUGAAUAUGUGAACGGCGGGGACUUGAUGUUUCAUAUGCAACGACAAAGGAAGCUCCCUGAAGAACAUGCAAGAUUUUAUGCUGCUGAAAUCUGUAUCGCUCUGAACUUCCUGCAUGAAAAGGGCAUAAUCUACCGUGACCUGAAGCUGGACAAUGUUCUCUUGGAUCAUGAGGGACACAUCAAGCUCACUGACUACGGCAUGUGCAAGGAGGGGAUCAGACCAGGUGACACCACUAGCACCUUCUGUGGAACACCCAACUACAUUGCACCUGAGAUCCUGAGAGGAGAGGACUACGGCUUCAGUGUGGACUGGUGGGCUCUGGGUGUGCUGAUGUUUGAGAUGAUGGCUGGGAGGUCCCCAUUUGACAUUAUCACUGACAAUCCUGACAUGAACACAGAGGAGUACCUCUUUCAAGUUAUUCUUGAGAAGCCCAUUCGCAUCCCAAGGUCUCUGUCGGUGAAAGCUGCCAGCGUGCUCAAGGGCUUUCUAAACAAGGAUCCCAAGGAGCGGCUGGGUUGCCAGGUCCAGACGGGCUUCACAGAUAUCAAGUCACACACAUUUUUCCGAAGUAUAGACUGGGACCAGCUGGAGAAAAAAGAGGUAACACCGCCCUUCAAACCUCAAAUCACUGAUGACUACGGCCUCGAAAACUUUGACACGCAGUUUACUAAUGAACCAGUGCAGCUAACACCAGAUGAUGAGGACGUCAUCAAGAGAAUAGACCAGUCAGAGUUUGAGGGAUUUGAAUACAUCAACCCCCUGCUGCUAUCCACAGAAGAGUCUGUAUGAAGGGGAGACCAGCUUUCUCCUUCGCCCACCUACUGUCUGUCCAAGCUGCCGUCUCAGCCAAAAAACACUCGCAAGCCAACUCUGAAAGGCGAGGAGGAGGAGGAAGAGUAAAGGACAACAGGGAGGACGAACUCACCCUCUGGACCUUGUCAACAAGGCGAAGGAAACUGGAGAACGGGAACGUUUCCUUCCUGGCGAUUCCGAUUGUUUUGUUGGGAUACCAACUCUUCUUUUCUUGGUAUCUACAAGGAAAACAAAGACGCUGGACUUCAAGAACAUUCCCUGUUGUUAUGUUGUCUUCCCCUUUUCUUUUUCUUUUUUUUUUCUCCUUCGGCUUCAUUCCUUUCUCAGAAUGUCCAUCCUCAUGUUGAAGCACGGCCAGCUUUGUAAUUUAAACAGAGAGCUGUUUCAUUCUGUGCCUGCCAUCAUGAACACAUUUCAUCCCGAGUCACAUCCCUGGAUUAAUAUGACAGUUCUGCUGAAGAACUUGAAAUUUUAACGUGCACUUUUUUUUUUUGUUAAUUUUUUUUUCUAUCUUGUAGGGGGAGGGCGACGGCUCACACAAAACAAGAAUGUACAAUGGCGAAGGAAAAAAAUAAGUUAUUAUUGUGUAUUAUAAUGUAGGUAGUGAAUCCAGAAUUAACGAUGCCUUUUUAUUGAUGCAAGUGGCACAUUUUCAUCGUAACCACAAAGAUUUCUUUUUGUUAUCUUUUAGGAUUUUCACAAACAAC